GUCAUUUUGCAGCUCCAUACAUUCCACCUCGAAGACAUGGAGGACGUCGCCUGGAAGUGCACGGCCGCCUUCGUGCUGGGCGCGGCGGCCCACUACUUCAUCUCCACGCAGUUGCUGGGCGAUGCCAAGAGCUCCAGCAACAGCAGCAGCGACAAGAAGAGCAGCGAGGCCGCCGCUGAAUCUCGCUCGGAGGCCUCGUCCAGGUCUUCUUCGGGCUCGUCGGAGGACUGGGAGGGCGCCGACUCCGCCAGUUGGGUGCCCCACAAGAUGGUCAUGUGCGUGCGCACGGACCUGAAAAUGGGCAAAGGCAAGAUUGCGGCGCAGUGCUGCCACGCGACGCUGGGCGCGUACAAGCGCGCGGUCAAGCGGACGCCUGACGCGGUCCGCGCAUGGGAGAUGCUGGGCCAGGCCAAGGUCUGCCUCAAGGUGGACUCGGAGGAGGAGAUGCUCGCGCUCGCCGAGAGGGCGGCGGAGCACGGACUCGUCAACUACGUCGUGGUUGACGCUGGGCGGACGCAGAUUGCGCCGGAUAGCAAGACAGUGCUGAGCAUUGGACCGGCCCCGCUGAAGGCUAUUGAUGAGGUCACGGGUCACCUCAAGCUCAUGUGA